UAACUAUCAGUAAUCAUAUUAUUAGUAGUAGUAUUAGUAGUAGUAUUGUUAUUACCAUUGAUUAGUGGUAAUCAAGAAUUAUUUGAUUAGUACAAUGAAAUUUAAACAACAUCUAGAAAGUGAUUUAACACAAUCGAAUAGUAAACAAAUAAUCAUGGGACCAAUUCAACGAAUAUCUGGUAUCCUAUUUUAUAUUAAGGUAAUCUAGUCUAUAAAUGAUACUUCCUCUGAAAGGCUAGUGGUAUAACUUUAAUACAAUUAAUCAUCAUAUGGGCAAUGAAUACUACUGUAAUAUUAGUUCAUACAUUCAAGGAAUGGUUAAAAUCUACAAACUGGUUUGUUGGAUUGUUUUUCUUUUUGGGACUCUUUAUUGAUUUGGAAAUUAUUCUAAUGCCACGAGUACAAUUUAUUUUUCCAUUGAAUUAUAUACUAUUGAUAUUUAAUUCGAUAAUUCUUUCAAUUCCAGUUUCAAGGCUACUAUGUGAAUUGGAAAUGUUAUGGAUUCCAAGUAGUUGGGUUAUUACAUUGGGAAUUACAUUACUGACUAUAAUAUUUGGCAAAUUGAUACGUUUCGAUAUACAAACAUCACUGAAUAUAUUCUUUACUGUUAUAUUCACUUUACAAGCAGUAGUUUAUAUUGCUAUGAUUAUAUUAAAUUAUUAUGAUUACUUUGAUGUCAUUCUCAUUAUUUCUGGAUCAGGAAUGCUAUUAACAAUCAUUUAUGAAUUGGCAAUUGCAACUCAAGCAAUUUUUCCAGGUGAUAGACGAUUUAUAUUUCGUGAUAAUCAAUAUUUUCUAUGUGGAUUAGUACUUGCAACUAUAAUGAUUUGGAUGAAUAUGAUUAUUUCAAGUGAAAUAUUACUUAUAUACAAUGUAUUCAAUAAAACAAAUCAAUAUAUUUGAGAGAAACAAAUGGAUACAUAUAUGUCUUGUCUAUACACAUUCACUGUUCAUUGUCUAUGAGGGGUUAUAGUGUCGGUUGCUAUGUUAAGCCCAGAUACCUUAUUCUAGCUUUCGGACAGGUCAAUCUAUUCAUUCAUCUUGUGUUACAUUUUGACUUUGUUAAUUACUCACUUAUCAAACUUGAUUGUUUUUAUAUGAGCACAUUUGUGUGUGCUCUUCUUAUCCUAUUCAUCUCAUUUCUGUAGCUUAUUGUUGUGUGACUAGCAAGAUUGGUGAACACUUGACUAAAUAGGAGAUGGGUCACACGCAUUCUCUACUGCGCGUCCUUUCGUUUCAUUUCGCUCUCUUUUUUCUUCUCUUGCUUCGCUACGUUUUUGAGUAUCUGUUCAGAUCAAUGAUUGUACGAAAUAUAUAUAUUUAAAACAUCCAUCCUCGUAUUUGACUCACUUAAUUCCGUUAUUCACCAACAUGAUCUAAGUCGAUAAUUAUAUAAGAGGAAUGACGAUAUGUAUAUCUCAAUAGCAAUCAGAAACAAUCUCACUGGAGUCAGAUUCUGGGUCACUAAAGUGGUGAGCCUGUUGACAACAUGGUUCGAUCUAAUUGACAUCUAAAUGAAAGGCCCCACUACACGUUAUCUUUUGUUAUGUGAAACUGUUAUCAUGAUCAAGAGAUCAUUCACAUUUCGUUUGUAAUAAUACUAGAAAUUGUAACCCCAAUUUUUUUCCUAUGUGAUAUUUUAAAUGUAUCUUUGCCG